AUGACGGAAAACGAAGCAGCGUGGAUUACUGAGCCAGCAGAAUAUCCGUUCAAAAUCCAUAACGCUGCAAAGCCGAAACCAGGACCUGGAGAAGUGGUGAUCAAGAAUGUCGCCGUCGCUAUUGUAAUGCCUUCUCUUCCCUCUAGCAAUGACGCUGCUGGUUUUAUCGAAGAUGUUGGGAGUGGCGUAAAUAGGUUCAAGAAGGGCCAGAGAGUGAUUGCCCACUGCUACGGCCUCUUGACGCAGGAUCCGGCGCACGGUGCAUUUCAGUUGUAUCCUGUUACAGCUGAGUCACUUGUAACCGAGAUUCCGGAAUCGCUUACCUUUGAACAGGCUAUUGUGCUUCCACUGGCUGUCUCAACCGCCAGUGCGGGUCUCUACCGCAAGGAUUAUCUUAACCUGCCCUUUCCUGAAGCGGAUGAUGUCAAAUCUACGGACAAAGUACUCCUAAUUUGGGGUGGUGCAUCUUCAGUUGGUGCAUCCGCUAUCCAGCUCGCAGUUGCAUCAGGUCUGACUGUCUUCACUACUGCAUCUGAGGCUAAUAGAGAAUUUGUCAAGUCACUUGGCGCGCAUGCAGUCUUCGACUACAGGUCUUCCACUGUCGUAGAAGAUAUCUCACAUGCACUCAGAGGUUUAAAUUUUGCAGGAGUUUAUGAUGCAAUCGCUGAAGAGCCGAGUUUUGCAGCUAUCUCCGAGAUCUUUGACAUGCUUGAUUCGAAGGUGCCUGUUGCCAGCGUGCUUCCAUGCGACCGACCAACUGAGCGAUGUAUUCCCCAGUAUGUCAUCGCAUACUCCAUAAUUCAAGAACCGCAUAACGAUAUUGGUGACUGGAUCUGGGGAAAGUACUUGCCUCGGGCUCUGGCAAACGGUGCUUUUCAGGCAAAGCCAGAUCCUUAUGUCGUAGGAGAUGGGCUCAAGACCAUUCAGCACGGCCUCGACGUACAAAAGAAAGGUGUUUCGGCAAAGAAGGUGAUUGUCACACUCUAG